AUCCUCCAGCUUUUAGUGGCAGGCUCGCUCCGUCGCUCGAGCUCGGCUCAUUGACAGCCCUGGCUCAGCCGCCCCCGCUCGGGGCCUCAGGUUCCUCCCUCUGUUUCUUGAACCUUUCCCUUCUCUCGGACUCUCUCCUCCCUUGCUCUUCCUUCCCUGGCGGCGACGACUGGGCGAGCGGCGGCGCCAACGAGCGCAUCCUCCAGGUCACUUAUGCUUCUAUCAUUAAGAGAUUCUGGGCUUGACUAGGACGCAUUUGGGUGGAUCUGUUGAGGUUCCCAUUAUUGUUGGAGGGGAAUGGAAACUCCAUCAGAGGCUUCAAACUCAAAGGCGGCGGAUGCUAAACCAGUGAAGCCACGGCCAGUGGCACCCACUGGUAGGUUCGCGUUGGGGACCGCCUCGUCAAUCAAAAAGCAUGCUGAUGGUGCAGCUUCAGCGGAGGUGGCUGUUUCCCGGUCUUCCAUGAUGAAGUCUACUUCGUCGGUGAAUGCCAGUUCGGUGCAGAGAAGCAGCAGCACAGGAACGGUUGGGAAGCAACAGGGCAGUGGGAGCUCAGUUGUUGCUAAGAAGGCUAGUCCUACGCUGUCGGAUGGGGCAAAAAAGAGGAAGCCGGUGUCCGCCACCACUGUCAGCUCAAAGCCGGCAGUGGAAAAGAAAUCAUCAUUGACUGAGAGGGCAACAACAGAUUCGGUGAAGAAACCUGCUGUUAAGGCAUCCCCAGCUUCAACACUUAAGAAGGUCCAGUCAAAGACAGAGAGCUCCAAUGGCAGCAGUGUCAGCACGAGGAGAGUGGCAUCCAACAUUUCUCUGCAAUCACCACGUUCUGUUACAAGCACAGCCACAAAGAAAUCGGGUUCUCUGACAUCAUCAUCUGUGCCUAGUCGGAGGAAGAGCUCAACUGCAGAUAGCCGUGAUUCAAGGUUCAUGAUGCUGCCACAGGUGGAUUUGAAGGCUAGUGAUGAAGUGAGACUGGAUUCAAGAGGUCAUAGGGUUCGUAGUCUGAAGCAGUUGAGAUUAUCACCUGCUCUUGAGUUUGUGUAUCUGAGGGACAACCUUUUAUCGAGUUUGGAGGGCGUUGAGAUUCUCAAGGGGGUAAAGGUUCUUGAUUUGAGCUUUAAUGAUUUUAAGCUCCCAGGUUUCGAGCCUCUCAGGAAUUGCAUUGUCCUCCAGCAACUUUAUCUUGCCGGAAAUCAAAUAAGUUCACUUGCUAGCCUUCCUGAACUUCCUAACUUGGAGUUCCUUUCUGUUGCUCAAAACAGGCUAAAGUCACUCUGUAUGGCUCAUCAGCCUCGACUUCAAGUGUUAGCGGCUAGCAGAAACAAAAUAUCAACUUUGAAGGGAUUUCCACAUCUGCCUUCUCUAGAGCAUUUACGCGUUGAGGAGAAUCCACUGCUUGAGAUGCCACACUUGGAAGCUGCUUCUAUUCUGCUUAUUGGUCCUACUUUGAAAAAGUUCAAUGACCGAGAUCUGAAUCCCAACGAGGCUGAGGUAUCAAAGCAAUAUCCUGCUCAUACAGCUAUCUGCAUUCGCGAUGGCUGGGAAUUUUGCUCCCCUGAACUUGCUGCUGAUUCAACAUUUUCUUUCCUAGUUGAGCAAUGGAAGAAUAAGUUGCCUCAAGAUUACAUGGUGAAUAAAGCUUAUGUUGACCAUCCAUUUGAAGAGGAUCCAUGCCAUUGCCAUUUUAGCUUCACAAAUCUUGGUAGUGAGGGUGAGCUAGUCCUCAAAUACCAAUGGUUUCUGGGUGGCAAAACACCGACUGAUUUUGUGCCUAUUCCUGAAGCAUUGAGUGAGGUUUACUGGCCAAAGCACGAGGAUGUUGGAAGAUGUUUGAAAGUUGAAUGCACCUCGAUACUGAAUGGUGCUGAAUUUCCGGCCAUUUUUGCUGUAUCUUUACCUGUUUCUCCAGGUACUGGAUGUCCAAAGGUCAUCAAUUUGACAGUCAGCGGUGAACUAGUGGAAGGAAACAUACUAACUGGAGUUCCUGAAAUUGCCUGGUGUGGUGGGACACCAGGAAAAGGUGUUGCAAGUUGGUUAAGGCGAAGGUGGAACGAUAAUGCUGUAGUAAUUGAAGGAGCGGAGGGGAUGGAAUAUCAGCUGACAGUUGAUGAUAUCAAUUCAAGUUUGGUAUUUAUGUACACCCCUGUUACAGAUGAAGGUGUCAAGGGGGAGCCCCAAUGUACAAUGACAGAUUUUGUAAAGGCUGCAACACCAUCAGUCAGCAAUGUACAUGUUCUGGGAGAUACUGUUGAAGAUAACGUUAUCAUAGGAAAGGGAAAAUACUUUGGUGGCCGAGAGGGACUAAGCAAACUCCAGUGGUUUAGAGAGAAGGAAAAUGGUGAAUUUCUUCUUGUGCUGUCAGACAGCAUGGAGUAUACACUUACUAAGGAGGAUGUGGGCAGGCACCUCAAAUUUGUAUAUACCCCUGUCAACCUUGAAGGCCAAGAAGGUGAAUCUGCUUGCGCGCUAACAGAUGUAGUUAAGAAAGCCCCUCCAAAAGUCUUCAAUUUAAAGAUUGUUGGGGAAGCAAGGGAAGGAAGCAAGGUAUCUGCUAGUGCUACUGUUACAGGUGGAACUGAAGGGUCCAGCAGGGUUCAAUGGUACAAGGCAUCUUCCUCUGAAUUUAGGAAUGAACAUGAGCUUGAAGCCCUUAGUACAUCAAAAGUUUCUAAGACAUUCCGCAUUCCUCUCGGUGCUGUUGGAUAUUAUAUUGUUGCAAAGUUUACACCCAUGGCACCUGAUGGUGAAAUCGGUGAACCAGCCUAUGCUAUAUCAGAUGGCGUUGUGGAAACACUGCCACCAAGUCUGAACUUCUUAACAGUGACUGGCGAAUUCUGUGAGGGUCAGAUAUUAACAGCAUCUUAUGGGUAUAUUGGGGGACAUGAAGGAAACAGUUUAUAUAGUUGGCAUCUGCAUGAGACUGAAGAUGAUGAAGGCACUCCAGCUUUGGAGGCUUCUGGUUUGCUACAGUACCAUGUUUCAAAGGAAGCUAUUGGAAAGUUUGUUUCUUUCAAAUGCAUACCUAUCAGGGAUGAUGGUAUUGUUGGUGAGGCAAGAGCAUUCAUGGGAAAGGACAGAGUUACUCCAGGAAUGCCAACAUUACUUUCUCUUGAAGUAAUUGGUGAGGCCAUUGAAGGAAAAACUAUGGUUGCUUGCAAAAGAUAUUGGGGAGGAGAAGAAGGGGACACAAUGUUCCGCUGGAUAUUGGCAAGUUCUGAUGGAACCGAGAAAGAAAUUGAAGGUGCAACAGGUUCAUCGUAUACCUUGAAAUGUGAUGACAUUGGCUUCUACAUAUUUGUCUUGUGCAAGCCUGUUAGAAAUGAUGGAGUUCAUGGUUCUUUGGUGUCCACAGAAAUGAUUGGUCCUAUUAUACCAGGGCCACCAACAUGCCAAUCUCUUGAACUAGCUGGCUCUAUGGUUGAGGGUGGUCGUUUGACCUUCCAUGCUGAGUAUACUGGAGGUUUGAGGGGAAGUUGCAUCCAAGAAUGGUUCAGACUACAUGGUGAUGGUCGCAAGGAAAAGUUGACUGCUGAUGAAUGUCUAGAUCUUGAUCUAGCUGACGUCGAUUGCCGGAUCGAACUGGUAUAUACACCUAUACGAGAAGACGGAUUAGAGGGAUCACCUAGGAGUGUUAUUUCGGAUACCAUCUUACCUGGGGAGCCCAAGGGUGUCAAUCUUAUUCUACCUGAGUGUUUCGAGGACAAUGAAAUUUCUCCCAUCAAAACCUACUUUGGUGGCAAGGAAGGCACUGGAAAGUAUACAUGGUUUCGAAAUAAAGAGAAACCUGAUAACUUGGAAUUUGAUCUGAUCGCUGCAUCUUCAGAAGUUGUUGGAGAAACCUUAAAAUACAAGCUUUCCUUGGAUGAUGUUGGUUCCUACCUGUUUCUUUAUUGGGUUCCUACACGAUAUGAUGGAAAGACUGGUGACCCGGUGAUGGCUAUCACUGAUGACCCAGUCAUGGCAGCUUUUCCGUCUGUUUCGGAUGUUCACUUGGAGCAGAAAAAUUCAGACGUAUAUUGUGGACUAGGAAUCUAUUAUGGUGGAUAUGAGGGAUCAAGCUUGUAUAGGUGGUACAGGGAAUCUAGUGAUGGAACCAGAAUUCAUAUAGAUGAUGCUGAUUCAGUCACAUAUGAAGUGACGGAUGCAGAUUACAGCUUCCGCCUAUUGUUUGGAUAUACUCCUGUUCGCUCAGAUGGGAUAACUGGUGAAGAAAAGCUGUCUGAACCAUCUGAUGUAAUUUUGCCAGAACCACUCAAAAUUGAGACACUUGUUUUCAAGGGAAAUCAGGUUGAGAGAGAAACACUAACUGUUAUUGAACAAAUUCCAAGCAGUGAGGUCCAACAACAUAUAUGGAAUAACUAUAAGAACGAGAUGAAAUAUCAAUGGUUUGUUUCCAGUGGAUCAGGAGAGAAUCAGUCUUUUGAACCAUUGGCAACCCAGUGCUCUCGCUCAUACAAAGUACGCUUUGAGGAUAUUGGUCGUUGCCUGAAAUGCGAAUGCUUUGUUACUGAUGUAUUUGGACGAUCUAGUGAGCUGGUAUCUGCUGUGACUGCUCCUAUUUUGCCAGGAAGGCCUAAAAUUGAAAAACUGGAGAUUGAAGGAAGAGGUUUUCAUACUAACCUAUAUGCUGUUCGGGGUAUCUAUAGCGGAGGCAAAGAAGGCAAGAGUAAAAUACAAUGGCUGAGAUCGAUGGUCGGAAGUCCUGAUCUCAUCUCUAUACCUGGCGAAAUUGGAAGAAUGUAUGAAGCUAAUGUUGACGAUGUCGGGUAUAGACUUGUUGCAAUUUAUACACCUGUGAGAGAGGAUGGAGUUGAGGGGCAACCUAUUUCAGUUUCAACAGAGCCGAUUGCAGUUGAACCUGAAAUUUACAAGGAAGUGAAACAGAAGCUGGAUGAUGGUUCAGUGAAAUUUGAGGUUCUGUGUGACAAGGACCGAACACCCAAAAAGGCUCAAGUAAUGGGACAUUUGGAGCGUAGAGUUUUGGAAGUCAACCGAAAGAGGAUUAAAGUAGUAAAGCCUGGAUCCAAGACAUCAUUCCCGACUACUGAAGUACGAGGAACAUAUGCUCCACCUUUCCAUGUUGAGCUGUAUCGCAAUGAUCAGCACCGCUUCAAGAUUGUGGUCGAUGGUGAGAGCGAAGUCGACCUGAUGGUGCAGACGCGGCACAUGCGGGACGUCAUCAUCCUCACGAUCAGAGGCCUCGCCCAGAAGUUCAACAGCACCUCCCUCAACACGCUUCUCAAGAUCGAGGCAUGAGGGAGGAAUAGGGAUACCUGCCUGAAACACCUGACAGUGUGAAACCAACUAGUACUAGGGAAGCCGUUCCAUAUUACAGUUGCCGGUUAGAGUGCGUGUAUUUAGUAGGAUUUGAAGCGUGGCAGAUUGUGUGUGUGGGUGUGGGAUGGCUGUGCGUGUUGCGUUACAGGUUUUUGCUGGUUGAUUUAUCAAAUCAGGAGCAGCAUCAGCUGGUUGCUCCUCUGACUCGUCAUGAAAUGUACAUAGGAGUGUCUAGAGUGAGAGAGUGGUGCUGCUUGGUGCUGUAUUUAUGCACAGGUUGUGUUCGUCAACUGCCAUUUCUGACGCUAAGCAUGUUGAUGAGGUGGUUUUGCUAAAUU